AUGCGUUGAAAUAGUCGCGUUUCUCUAGUAAUCGGCGCUGUUUGCUCAGAUUAUUGCGUUAAUCAAGAAACGGAAAGAAGAGCUUCAGCUUUGCGUCUGAAAGCGAAGUUUGUCUCGAGCGGCGCUCCGUAAGCUGCACGCGUUACUAUGGCGACGGCGGCGCGUCCUGUCCCGCCGCUAUAAACACCUGAUGCGCUCGUGCAGCGAGAUCAGACAUGCUGAGAUCAGACGCGCCGCCCGCGAGCAGCUUCCUUCAGAGACGCGUCGCGACCGAGAGAAGGGCUCAGCCUGAGGCGAGGUUCGCGGAUCUGUCUCGAGUCGUUCAGCUGCUGCAGGAUCCGAUCUCGUCCUCGUUAAAAGAAAGACAGAUUUUCAUCUUGAAGAAGGUGGUAAAAAGAUGCCAGCGCGGAUUUCUCUUGAAGGAUCUCGCUGACAUCUGUCAGAUUCUGAACCUGUGUGCUGAAAGAGUCACAGAUCACCCGGAGUAUCCCAAAAUCCUCUGUGAUUUACUUCAGAUAUGCGGUCUUCCCUUCCUGAAGGAGAAAUCCUCGGAUGAGAUGAAGUUCUGCUCCGCGGCCGCAGACUGCCUGUCUCAGAUGGGUUAUCUGAUGCGGGUCCCGCUGCCGGAGGUCAGACAGCAGAUCUGCGCUUCUGUUAUAAGCUUCUACAGCCGCGACAAACACAAGCCCAGCUUUGACGGUGUUUGUCCCACACAUGUCGACUACAGAGGGCUGCUGGUGGAGCGCAGCGGUCUGGCCGAGACGCUCGUCAUGUCGCUGGCCCUGAUGGAGAAGCAGCUGUCAGUCAAACUGCGUCUCCUUCAGACGCUGCAGAUCCUGUCCAGGACAUCAGAGGUGAACUGUAGGUUGAUGCUGAGAGCUCAGGCCGCGCAGAAGAUCUGCUUCCACAUGAGCGAGCGCGAGCCGUCCGGACAGGUUCUGUUCCGCUCCUCCGAGAUCCUGUGGAACCUCCUGGAGAACGGCUCUGGAGAAGAGGUGACGGCUCAGCUCAGCAACACCGACUGCAUCGCAUCUUUGAAAGAAGCGUUUCUCCAUCAGCUUCUGAACGGUUUCCGGCAUUACGAUCGUCAGCUGAGGAACGACCUGCUGGUGCUGCUGUCUCUGAUCGCAUCAAACCCCAGCGCUCCUCUGAUCGAGAGCGGCUUCGUCAAGCAUCUCGCGCUGUUCGUCACGUUCCCCGAGCUGAAGAGCCACAAUCCUCUGGUGCGAAACCUCAAGCUGUCCUUCAACCAUGAGGACUUUGAGAUGAAGAAGCUCUUGCUGAAUGUGAUUGUCGUCCUGUCGAAAGAUCUGGCCGCCCUGCAGCUGUUUAAGGAGAGCCGCGUCAUGCUCGGCCUGAUGCUCCUGAUCAAGCCCAGAUCCUCCGAGGCCCAGAGCGGCAGACGCAGUUGGACCUCCAGCCAGCAGGAGGAGCUGCAGCUGCAGGCGUUGGCCGCUCUGACCUCUCUGGCUCCUCUGAUGCUGGACGACUACAUGACGUGUCAGGCUAACACCUGCCUGCUGCUGCUGCUGGACUGGUGUCUGCAGGACGACUCCUUCAGUGGGCGGGGUCACAGUUUCCAUGGCACCGGUGGGCGGGGCGGGAAGAAGGCUCAGAUGAGGUACUGCGUCCGUGUGCUCCGAUCCGUGGUGUCUCUGGACAGCGAGCCGCUCCGGCAGGAUCUCUGCGAUCAGGGGGCGAUCGGGCAGCUCUUGGGCGUGCUGCGCUGGUUCACAGCGAGGCCGGAGGACGAGGAUGCCGUCUCUCUGGAGAUCCAGAUAGACUCCCAGUUCAUUCUGUCUGUCCUCUGUGAGGGAGACGUGCACAGGAAGGAGCUGUUCGGCAGUGACGGUGUGGAGAUGCUGAUUCAGUAUUUGAGUUUGGACGCGGCUCUGAUCUUCAGCGGUUUGGGUCAUAAUAAACUGCUGCUGUCCACCGUCGACUGCGUUUGGUCAUGUGUUGUGGGCGGUUUCGGUACGGAGGAUGCGUUUGUGGCGGGACGUGGCGUUGAUCUGCUCCUUCAGCUGCUGCAGCGGAGCCCCAGACACAUGCUGAUCGCGCUCGUCGGGACUCUGCUGGAGCUGUGUGAGAAUCCGCAGGCCGUUGCGAGCGCGCAGUGCUGGCGCGGCGAGGGAGACACCAGCGCACCGCAGCUCCUGCUGCAGAUCUGGAGGAGGGAGGAGGAGGAUACGGGCGUGACGCGAGACCGGCACGGGAUGAUCGCGGAUGUGAAGCGGCCGAUGGUGUCUCGGCAUCAGGAUGAAUCGUCAUCAUCGUCACGUGACGUCAGUGCUGCGGUCAGGGACGUGUCAGAAACCCUGCGUGCAAACAUCUACUGCAUCUUCUGUAAACUGGGAUUUGAGCGGCUGUCGGGUCUGAGCGCUGAAGAUCUCGUCACGCUCAGCAUCGUCCGCCGAUACCUGGACUUUAAGGUGGCCGAAGUUUUACACGAGGUGUCGGUCGAGCUGUGGAACGAGGGAGCGACGCCCGUCUCGUCCGACGAAGAAGCCCUGAAGAGCCUCCGGCGGGUCGGUGAAGACACGGCCGAGAACGUGCGCUCUCUGCAGCAAAGCAUUGUGGGCCGUCAGCGGCAGGAGGAGCUGCAGGAGGAGAGGCUGCUGUAUAAAGAGAUCGGCUUCACUCAUAAGCAGAGAGAGAUCGCGGCCGAGGCCUGGAGGAAUUACGUGGCCAGAACGUCAAACUACAGCGUCUUCAAGGAGUUCAAGCGGCUGCAGGAGGAACACCGGAGCACCGGCGGCCCCGACGCGCCGUCAGAACCGGCCCUCGAGGGACCCGAGACUCAAGACGCCGUCUCGGAUCAAUAAACCCUGAGAGAGUACAGAGAAACUGAAGCCCUUCACACAUCACACACACACCGCUGCUCAGAGACAUGAUCAGCAGUCUUUACUCCUACAGCGCAGCUUUACAUGUUUACUCCGGGUGUUUGAGACAGCAUCAUCAUAAUAGAUUAAGAGAAAGCACUGGGGUUCUGCUUUACUAACUCCGGCGCAUGUAUCCACGCUAACUGCUUCUGUGCUUUGAGCUGCUGUGUGCUUGUGAACGCUGAUCUCCGGGGCGAAGCGGACAGUCUUAGCUCGUGUCAAGAUCACGACUGCUAACUCGACGUCAGUGUGCUGAAAUCACCGCUGACCAUCACUUCUUCUGUCCACAUCACAUCACUAACGCUGAAUGUUAUCCAUGAUGAUUGUGCGAGCAGCAUUUUUACUAAUGACUAAUAAAAUAAGAGCAGAACAAAAAACUGUUUAUUUAA